AUGGAAACUCAAGCAAGCACCACCAUGAAGAAAGCCCUUCUGGGCCUCAACUGUAUAAUUCUAGCCAUAGGCAACUGCGGCGGUCCUUUAGUAAUGCGUCUCUACUUCAUCCGAGGAGGCAAAAGAAUCUGGUUUUCAAGCUGGCUAGAAACCAGUGCCUGGCCAAUCAUUUUCAUCCCUCUUACAAUAGCAUACAUGCAGCGUCGCAAAACUGGCGGUGCCACCAACAAAACCCAGUUCUUCUUAAUGAAACCUCGCGUACUUAUGGCUUCAGCAGCCAUCGGAGCUUUGACAGGACUCGAUACCUAUCUCUACGCCUAUGGUGUUGCGAAACUACCAGUUUCGACCUCUGCUCUUAUUAUUUGUAUUCACGGCAGGAUUUGCGUUUCUUCUUGUUAA